CAAAAAUAAGCUGCCUCGCACACAGAGCAGACAGUCCGUUCAAUUAUUAUUGAUACGCAAUAUUGAACUUUUCCAGCUUCGAUUUACAUUAAAAUCAAGUUUUCAAACUUCACUAAACGCUAAAAGUGAUAACGCACAAAGUGAAAAUCGUUUUGUUCCACCAAUGUGACGAGUUUGUUGCUCCCGAACUUCACCCAGACCGUCAGUGUCACUGAUUUGCGUCUGAACGGAAAUGGCGGCUCUGCCUCCGCGUAAAAAUCCUACGCCAACCAAAAUAUCGAAGCAGCAUCUCACUCCGCUGCAGAUAUUGCUUCAGAUGGGUUUUCCCAAACACCGAGCUGAGAAGGCCUUAGCGGCAACCGGAAAUCGCGGUGUACAGUUAGCGUCUGAUUGGCUGUUGGCACACGUCAACGAUCCUUCACUGGACGAGUGCUCACCACGGGAAUACAUUCUGUAUGCAUGCCCUACAGGACCGUUUCUUCAGCAACUGGAGAGUUUUUGGGCACAAACACGGGAAUUAUGUGGUUGGAAUGGAGCCCACAACUUCACGCCCCAUGUAACGCUUGUGUCUUUCUUCAAGGCACCGGACGAAUGUGCCCCUCAACUUUCUAAGGCUUUAAAGGAGCUAAUGACAUUACCUGGUGCGCAUAUAAACCGACCGAUUGCGCUAGAGCUGUACACCAGUCCAAAUUUUAUGGGUUUCUUCGUAGUUGAAGAUGAUGCCAACUAUCUUAAACGGUUGGCGCUUCAAUACGUUAAAGAAGUAUCCCAUUCGAUAAUCAGCGACACCUAUGAACAGUUAGACGCGCUAGUUACCUGUUUCCCAUGGUGCGGGGGAGUAACAUCAGCCCGUUGUAUACCACGUAGCAGCAGAUCAAUUUCACUUGAACCACAUGUGAAAUCUUUGCAUCUGACACUCGCAUACCAGUUUCCGCCGAACCAGUACAACGCAUUGAAGCAGCUGGUGGAAAACUUCGAUACUUCGUUUACCAGUGCCAAUUGGGAGCUGCGGUUAUAUUCGCGUGAUUCUCGAUUAGCCACCAAGCAGGUUCACAAAAUUCUAUAUCCUCAUACCCCUCGAGAACCGGACGAGUUGGAGUUACGCAUCGGAGACUACAUCUACCUGAGCCCGGAGGCUAUCCAGAGCUCGAGCGAUGGGUGGGUGGAAGGAAUAUCCUGGCUUACCGGUACCAACGGCUAUCUACCGGAAAAUUAUACCGAACGAACGGCGGAGUCCGACGCAUGGACAAUGCACCGUACCGUGCCGUUGUGUGACGUUUCACCGGAUAUGGAUCCUGGAUCGGAUACGGUCGAUGGGCUACGGUUUGAUCAACAAACCGUAUCGGUCGGAGGAACGCCAUUAGACGAACAUGAUAUUGAAUCACAAGAAACCGUAUCAGUUGGAAAAGGCGAAAUACAGCAGCACGACGAAACCCAGCCAGACGGAGGAGCUGCUCAGAACAAAGAUGACUCCGUAGCAGCGGAAAAUCUGUAUGAGCUAAUGAAGAAGCGGACUUCGAUGUCGUUCAUUUCGGCAGGAAGUAAUUCGUAUGAUGGCAAUGAAACUGAAGAAACUCGACCCAGCCAGGAAGAUGCAACGGGACGACGAAUUUACGUACUGCGCCACGGCGAGCGAAUCGAUUUCACCUUUGGGACAUGGAUUCCUUAUUGUUUCGAUGAAUCCGGAAAUUACAUUAGAAAGGACCUAAAUAUGCCAAAGUCAUUACCUCAGAGGAAAAGUUGCCUAUGGCAACGAGAUUCCCCACUAACUAACAUGGGUCGAUACCAAGGUCGUCUAACCGGUGAGGCCAUGAAAGAUGCUGGGGUGCGGAUCGACCACGUGUACAGUUCACCUUCGUUCCGUUGUAUUCAAACUACCACUGCUAUCCUAGAAGGGCUUGGGUUGAAAGAGAGCCAUCCGAUUCAUGUGGAACCUGGGUUGUUCGAGUGGUUAGCGUGGUACCAAGAUGGCGUACCGGAGUGGAUGUCAAAUGAGGAACUUAUUGCAGCUGACUACAAUGUGGUGAUGGACUAUGGAUCACUCUCUAAAAUCGAGGAUCUAAAGGAGCAACUUCAGGAGAACCUGGAAGAAUUUUACCAGCGAAACUCCGCUGUCACGGAACAUUUAAUCCAAAAUACAAGUGGUAACAUUCUGCUGGUCGGUCACGCAACCACUUUGGACACUUGCACCCGUCACAUCGUGGGCGAGAAGCUACGCUCGACGAACGAUAUGAGCAGGAUUAUGCAAAAAGUUCCUUAUUGCAGUAUGGCUGUGAUCGAGUCGGAAGACGGCGCCGAUGGUUGGAAAUUGGUAGAGCCUCCGUGUGAUCCCAUCACCCACACCAACAACCAUCGGUUCGAUUGGAAAAUUUUACUUUGAAGCGAGCCGAAAUCUACACACUUUGCUGCGCUGCUGACAGCUAGCCAUUCAGCAGAAUGGUAACAAGGGAAAACAGUAUAUUGUUAGACUUGCUGCUUUUAACCUUUUCAGUGGCUGAUCUAGGAAAGAUUUUUUGUCGAAUGGUCCAUGAUACUGAAACCGCCGUUAACGUAGUUAUAUUAUACAAUUAUUUAUCUAAUUAUAAUAAAUGAAUACUCGUAAAUGACAUAUACAUAAUAUAAAGAAAAGCUUCAAAAUGUACCUUUAUUACAUUUGGGCAUAUUUUGCAACAUCACCGCUUAGUAUCUUGAACACUAUCGCUAGCAAUACCAGAACAAUAAAUUAAUUAAAUUUGGCUACAAAUAUGAAAACUCCUAAAGACACACUAACAUGUAAUCAGGAUUUAAAUUCGUUUCAAUCGCCGGUAACAAUAAACCAUUUGAGCGUGAA